AGGGGGCGGAGCAAUUACAAAAUCCAAGCAAUAUCCCUUUUACAGGCGCUCUUCCUGAAAUUGGCGUUAGUUUCGUUUUAUGCAAACCGACAGCAAUGAAAGCGAGCUCCCGUCUCUCUAAAGAGCAAAUUAGUUUAGCACAAAAUACAACUUGGCCCUAGUUCUCGUGGGUUUCUGCCGUGCGUAAAAGUGUAAGGACGCGCUGUGCCAACUUCUACAGGAGAAGAUGACUACUGAGGUUGACGACACUUUAAAAGAAGCUGAGGACCUCGCCAAGGCGCUAAGUGACGCCCUCAGCUCUGGAGAUGGGCCUGAAGCGGUCAAACUUUCCCAAAUGCUUUCCCAGCUCUCUGUGCCUGUGUGUGUCAGCAUCAGCAGAAAGGCUUACCCCCAGGACCUCAUCAGACUGAAAGUUGGAGUGGAAGAUGGCCAGUCAGACACCUACAUCCCUGUGAUACUUGAGGUUUCUGCUGACAUGACGAUUGCACAACUUAAAGAUAAGAUUAGUGCUGACUUUGGCUUCCACCCGUCACUGCAGCGCUGGGUGAUCGGUAAACGACUUGCUAAGGAUCCAGAAACAUUGUUCAGCCAUGGUAUUCGACAGAGUGGAGACCAGGCCUUCCUCUUUAUCCUGUCAGCCAGUGCUGCCCAUCUCACCAAGCAUCAACACAAACUGGACCAACAGCAGCAAGUUCUUGAAGGAAUAGUGGAAACAAUCCAGGCAAUGCAACUUUUACCCAGAGGCAGUUUGGGGGAUAAAACCCCUCCAAAAGCAGCCAAAAAAGGUCCUGCUCUUCCUCCCAAACCUCCAAAGGCUGAACGACCUCUGCCCCCAAUACCUAAGGAGGGAUGGGCCUGUCCCCAGUGCACAUUUGUGAACAAACCCACUCGUCCAGGGUGUGAGAUCUGCAGUCAGGCCAGACCAGAGGACUACGAGGUGCCUAACGUACACAAACCAGAUGCAGAGGAGGUCAAGAGAAUGCAGCAGGAGGAAAUAGCCAUGCAGCUGUAUGAACAGGCUCGGCUGGAAGAAAGGGAGCAAAACUACCUCGACCUGAUAGAAACUGACAAUAUAGAGCUCAUCCCCAACCAAGAGGAAGUAGACUGCCCUGUCUGCUUUACCCCUCUGCAACCAUUAGAGGGCAUUGUUCUCCGGGAAUGUCUGCACACGUUUUGCAAGGAAUGCCUCAUAGGAACAAUUGUGAACAGUCAGGAUGCAGAGGUGUCCUGUGCAGACACCACAUGUGACAGUAAACUGCUGGACAGAGAGAUCAAAGCACUUCUCACAGAAGCGCAGCUGCAGCGCUUCAUGGAGUUGCGUCUCAGUAUUGCAGAGAGCCGCUCUGAGCACAGCUUCCACUGCCAAACGCCCAACUGUCCCGGAUGGUGCAUUUACGAAGAUGAAGUCAAUGAGUUUCCCUGCAAUAUCUGUAACGAGACCAACUGCAUCCUCUGCCGGGCAAUUCACAAGGACAUGAAUUGUAAAGAUUACCAAGAUGACCUCCGUAUUCGAGCAGAGAACGACCAGGCGGCCCAGAAAACCAAACAAAUGGUGGAUGCCAUGCUGCAAAAUGGAGAGGCCAUGAAGUGCCCUAGAUGUGAGAUCAUUGUUCAGAAGAAAGACGGCUGUGAUUGGAUCUGCUGUGUGAUGUGCAAGACUGAAAUCUGCUGGGUGACCAAACAAGCACGCUGGGGACCGAAUGGUCGUGGUGACACAUCAGGCGGUUGUAGAUGCAAUCUAGCCAAUCACCAGCCGUGCCAUCCCAACUGCCAGAACUGCCACUGACACACACAUGCAAACACACACUCCUACACACACUCCUAUACACACUCCUACACUCACCUACACAUGAACGAAACCAUAAUACCCUUACUACCCCCUGACACUUAAACUGAGAAAAAUGUCUUAACCCUGUCCCUCUUGUGUAGGUCAGAGGUGCACUAAUGAUGUUUAUGUUUAUAUUACCACUGAUUUGACCUUUGACCUCUGAAUGCACAGUUAAAAUCCUGAACCAAAAACAUUUAGCAGUAGGCCUAUCUGCGACUUGUGUGAAACUCUCCAGUAAAAGUGCAGUGCUGAAGAAUUUGUACUGUUAGCGCAAAUUUAACAUCAACGUUUCUCAAAAAUCAGACAGAGUUGAGCCAUAAAACUUCUCCAAAUACAAUAGGUGAUAUGAAGGUGUUUUUUGAUCGUACGUCGAUGUGGACAAAAUAUAGUUGGCGCACUGCACUUUUGCACAUAGGCCUACACCACAUCAACACUUGGGCUAGAAUAAAACGUAACCAAAAAAAGACCAGGACUGAACCAGGACUAUAACAGGACUAAAGGGGGCUCAAACUAGGACUAAGUAAUGACAAGCGUGAAUUAUGUCAAUGCACUGAAGGAAUGCAAGCUUUUAUUUUGAUGUCAGUGCAGAAGACAGUACAUUCCCAUUUGAAUAUUUCUAAGCUAUAUGGGUAAAUAAUAGGAUUUACACGCAUGGUUUACUCUGCGUGAAUUUAUUUAAGUGCGAUCUGAAUGGAGACUAUGGAAAGAUAUUGUAUUGUACUGUGUUUUGGGCUUUGACAGCUCAGUUGUACUUAUGGGCCUUACUAAUGUCCUUAUGUUUGAACCAAGUAAGUGUUUGUUUUAUACAAUGACUAUUUUUCAGGAUAAUCAUUCAAUGGUGAAGAUAUUGCAAGAUGUUUACGAAGAAAUGCUACGCUUCGUUUGACUUAAAAGUGCACUUUGUAUAUUGUCAGGUGGGGCUGCUGCUUGUCUCCAUGGAGAUUAAAAUGUUUUGUUUUAGUGCCAUAAAGCUAAAGCAGCUUAUACAAAUGCAUAUAUUGUGUUCUCAAAAGCUUAUAAACUUUACUUUCAACACAAGUGCCAAUAAACUGCAAGAAUGUACUUUAAUAUAUGGUAUUAGUAGGGAGUUUUAAUUAGACAUUUAUAAAACUCCUUUUGUUUUUUUUUUAUCAGGCAAAAUAAUCAACAUUCAUACAUUUUCUAUAUUCGUCUUCUAUUGUUGUAUUACUCUCAUCUACGGGACUUUAAAUAUACUUUUGCUUUUGGGUUGAGUCAUUUGUCUUAAAAUGAAACAUGAAACUUGCUGAAAUAAAAUAAACACCAUAAAGUUUUUUUUUUACUGCUUUAAUUGUUAAUAUUCUGUACAACUUUACAUCCAUCAAACAUAUUUAUAAUAACAAAAUAAAAGGCCAAUACAAGUUUAGUGCAUUC